CUUGACUUUGUGCGUAAGAGAAAAGAUCUGUUAUGGGUCCCAUUUUCUGCAUUAUUUAUUUAUUUAUUUUCAUGUAAACUGCAGUCUUCAUAUAAAAACUUGAUGAUUGAAAAUUUAGACCAGCGUUUAGGGCCCAGUUAGAUGUGAUCAGGAUUAUCAAGUCCGCCCAAACCUCAGCAUUUCUUCAGCGACAUGGCUCGACCACGACCGCGGGAAUACAAGGCAGGAGAUCUGGUUUUCGCAAAGAUGAAGGGAUACCCGCAUUGGCCAGCGAGGAUCGAUGAGCUUCCAGAAGGAGCGGUCAAACCUCCUGCCAACAAAUACCCAAUCUUCUUCUUUGGGACCCAUGAAACUGCAUUCUUAGGACCAAAGGAUCUUCUGCCCUACAAAGACUAUAAAGACAAAUUUGGCAAGUCAAACAAGAGAAAAGGUUUCAAUGAAGGCUUGUGGGAGAUUGAAAACAACCCUGGAGUCAAGUUCACGGGUUAUCAGGCCAUGCAUCAGCAGAGCUCAUCAGAAACAGAAGAGGGAGGAAACACUGCUGAUGGCAGCAGUGAGGGUGAUGACGGUGACUCUGUUCAGGAAGAAGAUAACAAGAAAAAGUUGAAGGAAGACAAGACUGGAUCCAAAAGGAAAAAAGCACCAUCUUCUAAGCAGCAAUCCUCAAAACUGUCCAGGGUCUCAUCUGAAGAGGAUGACCAGGACAGGGAUGGCAAAGAUGAAGACCAAAAGAGUGACUCGGAGGGAGGAGACCACGACAGCAACUUUAUCCAAAAGACUACCGACGCUAAGAACCAGCUGCUCAUAGAAGAGCACUGAAGGAGAGAACAUGCCAGGAGGAUCCCUCUUUGUAGCGAUGAUGUUGGAGAAUUGAAUCAAGUACCUGGUUUGUAAUGUUCAGCAGUCACUGACUGCAAUCAUCCCCUCCAUCUCUGUGCUGGACUCUCAUUUUGUGUAUGUGAGAAAGUUGUACCAUAAGAGCUUCCAGAAUCAAACCUGAGGAGAAAAUGAGGGCAAAACUGGGCUUUCCAUUUGUCAGCACUAUUGGCAGAGCUGUCAGAAUUCAAAUAAAGGCUUUUAUACUUUUCAACAUAUCUUGGAAUACAAUUGUUUAUAUUAUUAUGGUUGAUUUAUACAUUUACACAAUUACAUCUAGUCUAGUCUUUGUGCUUACUAAGCCUUUCUUCAAAUAAAACAAACAGAAUAGAGAAGAACUGCUACUGAUUAAAAACAAAUCAAAAGACAUCAAUAAAGUGUACUAUCUUUAGAACAACGUGAUUUUACAUUUCUCACUAAAGAGAUCCAUCUGGGACACCUUUUGUCAUAUUCUUUUUUGGGUGGGUUUGGUUUUUUGGGAAGUGGUAUGUGAUCAGGAACCUCAACGCUCAGCUCUGACUUUUCACAUUAUUUUGCUUAACUUGCAGUUGAAUGGAGUCCAGGAUGAUUUUGCAGUUUUAUGAAGACAAACAAUCUGAAACAGUAAGCAAUGUGAGGAAGCAGCCAAUAGCUUACUGUACAAAUGUAAUGGUGCGUUGACAUCAAAUGCAAAUGGUAAUGGUAAUGGUAUUUGAACUGUUUGGAGUGUUUGACAUGCCGAGAGCAUCGAGAGCGUCGAGUGCGUCGGACAAAUAGGCCGUCAACGGAAAACAACAGGUAGAGAGAUUUUGACACGCCCUUGAUGUGGCUCCACAUAGACUUUGAUCCAGACACGCAAACGCUAGAUGUAGACCAAAAUUUCAAGCGUCUCCAUUCAAAGUGCACACAUGUUGAACUUGAAGCAUCAGACACAUUUGGUGUGAACACACCAUAACUUCUGUCUCAAUUUGGGAACCUUCCAGUUUACAUUUGAUUGUCAUCUCUGUGAUUGACUGUGAUUAUAUAAACAGUCCAGAGUAGGGUCAGUUGGGAGCUCAGUAAAAAGAUGGACUCCAUGCCAGGCUUUUGACUCUGCCUUAUAAUUUUGUCAGGCAGAUUCAGGUGAACCUAUAGAUAUUCUGGGCCCAAAGGUAGACACAUCCCCUGGCUUACUGUUUGUCUGUUCUCAUCCUAACUCUAGCAUGCAGUUGAAGAAAGAGGCAAUUGUGGUCAUAGACAAUUAUUUAUCUCUACACCCAAGUCAGUGCUUUUCCCCCCUACACUGAUGGCUGUACCCACUUUUAGAUAGGAGCCGAAGUUUGAGGACUGUUUUGGCUCAAUGAUUGAGGCUUUGACCCUUUAACCCUUUGGAUUUAAAGGACUGAACUACCUCGUCUCAUACUAAAGCUUCUACAGAGUUCUGCUAAAGAGCUAACUAAAACAAUUUAUAAAUGAGCUUUAAAUGAAUUUUACUUUAAAACAAAACAAAACAAAUAAUACCAUCAUUGUCAGAUAAUUUAAAAAUAUAUGUAACAUUAGGUCAACAUUAUAAAAUAAAAUUAUUCUGUAUUGGUUUCUAAAAUAUUUUAUUAUGAUGCUGAACCUCAGCAUUCCAACUUUUGAAGCAUAUUGUCUAUCUCAUACCUCAAAUAUAUUUCUGAAAAAGUCCAGAGCUUCAACUCCCAACCUCUUUUGGAAAACAUCCUAAUAUGGCUCUUGAAAAGCCAGAAAUGUCAACGUGAUCAUGUUUAAAUUUGUAUGUCUUCAUUGUCUUUAUACAUUUUAUAAGUUGUACUAUUUGCUUGUUGUUUUUCUUGCUGUUGCUUUUAUCUCUUUCACAUCAACUAGCCAGUUGGAGUAAAGAAGUAAACUAAUCAUCUGGCUAUAAUCGCCCAUACGUACUGCUAUUAGUCCCAUUUUUAAGAUAAAUUAAAGUAAAUCUUUCCCAGACUUAAUGUUUGCCUCUCCCACGCUGAUGGUAUUCCACUGAGGGUGUAGGGAAAUGUUGAUAGAUUCAUAGGCUCACUACUCCAAAUUCCGGACUUCACCAUGAAUUAUAUGUUUAACUCUGUACAUUCAGACUGCAGAGUGCUAUUGAAGUCAAAUAUGGGCAAGUUAGACAUUUGACCUUGACCUUCAACAUUUGCUUCCCUUGAAACUUUCACUUACAUUUACUACAUCCUGGUACCAGUAGUAGUAGUAAACCUUUACAUCCUCCCACAUUUGACUGUUGUAGAUACAGAGAAUAAAAACUGAAAGAACUUGAUUGAAAAGAUCAAGUUAUUAUUAUUUAUAAUUAUAAAUAAUAUUAUUUAAAAUGAUUUAAAAGCCAACAUUUGGACAUUUUUAAGAGGUGGUAAGUCUGCUACCUCUUAAAAAUGUCUAAAUGUUGGCUUUUAAAUAAUUUUUUUGAUGUUGGUCAGUAAUUUAUUUAACUCAUCUAAAGUCAAAUAAUCCUACCACAAAAGUGUCAAUGAUUCUGUUUGAAUAAUAUAAUUUCUCUUUCAGUUUUAGUUUGUAGAAAAUAUUGUCGGAAAAAGAAAGAGUGAAAGGACUGCACGUCGUACAGACAGCAGGUUAGGUUUUCACCUUGUGUUACUGUGAUGUAUCAGCCAGCUCAAAAACACAUUUGUAAUGCUGAAGCUUUAUACAUUCUUUGUUUAUGUACAUCCAUCUUAUGGUUC